CAGUAUACUCCAACUUUAUACUCAUUUAUACUUUUAAAAUAUAUUCGGUCAAAGACCUUGUCUAGAACUUUAAGAUUAUUAUUUCUAAAUAAAUGUAAUUUUUAAUAAAUAAUUAAGUACAAAAUGGUUGCUGUCGAUUGGGAUCGUGUAUUAUCAAUAAAUCCUCAAUCGCUAAAAGAUGAAGAAAUUGAAGAUCUUUAUCCAAUGGUUGUUGAAUGUGAUGCAGAAGAAAUUAAUAACAUACAUAACCUUCAAGUGCUAUUUAAAAUUUCGCAGGAAAUUUUGCAAAUUAAAGACAGUCAGAUUGAAUCACUUCUAAUUGAAUGUGAUGAGUACAGGGAAAAAAUUCUCAUGGAAAAAGAAACACCUUCAAGAAAACAAAAAUCAGGUAGAAAAUUGGAAGCUACCGAUGAAAGCGGAAUCGAUUCGCAGCGUGAUUCUGGAUAUGAGGAGAACGUUCAAGAAAUGUUGCGCGAGAAGAACAGUAAAAUUGAAACACUAAUGCAAGAGUUGGAGGGUUUUGAGCAAGAAAAUACUAUUUUAAAAGAAAAUUUAACAAUACUAAAAGAAGAAAUGGAGGAUGCAACAGAAAAAAUGAAUGAAAUGACAGAUAAAUUGACUUCUCUUCAAGAAAAUAUAAAUAUUUACAAAGAAAAAUCAGGGCAGCUAGAAUGUGAAAAUAAAGCGCUCGUUAUUCAAAUUGAAGAAAUGGCUGCUCAGCAAGUUGAAAGAGAUAAACUUAUUGACGACUUUGGCCUAGCCAUUGACGCCAGAAUAAUCGAAUGGAAAAGUAUUCUCGAUGAGAAAGACGUGGAAAUUGCACAACUGAAGGAAAAUUUAUCACAAACUCGAAUGCAAACGCCAACAACUCAUAAAAGUAAAAAAUCAUCAAAGAUCGAAAGUCUAAGUGAAGAAAUUGAUCAUCGUGAUAAAAUAAUAUUAGAAUUGCAAACUAAACUUUCUGAAGCUGUCACUGAAAUUAAUGAAAGUUGUUCGGUGAUUGAAAAGCUGAAAACCGACUCACAAUCAACCGAAGGUUCGAGGAAGAAACGAGAUCAACGGGAUUUGAUCAAAAAAUAUCAAUCCGCUAAUGAAAGGAUUGAAAAUCUUCAAAAAUUGUUAGACUCCGCGGAAAAUGAUGCUUCAGUAAAGAGUAAAGAGUUAUGCGAGGCUCUGGUCAUAAUACAAAAAUACGAAAAUCACGAUCAAGGUUUAACUGACACGCUAAACGAAUUAAAAGAAGUCAAAGACCAAUUAAAUUACAAAAACCAAUACAUUCAAGAUAUCGUGAAUGUUAUUAAUAAACUGGAAAUGAUAAACUCACAUCAGGAAGCGGAAAUUAUUGCCCUGAGGGAGAAACUUGGUAUGCCAGAGGAGGAAGAAAUCGCAGUUGAUCACAUCAUCAAGAGGCGACAGGAAGAAAAAAAGAAAUUUCAAGAAAGUGAACAAAUGAACAAAAUGUUGAAAGACGAAAAUUUGGAAUUAAAAUCAGAAAUAAGAACAUUAAGGUACAAAUUAAAAAAACUAGCAACGAAAAUUGUGGGACAAACUUCUUCGCCCCUGAAAUUCGAUACAAUCGACAAUCCAGCAGGAUCAUCCCAAACUCUAGCGAAAUUGGAUGAAAAUUGGUUCACGGAAAGGGAAAAAGAUUUCCUCUCAGAUAAAAUAGAAAUAAAAAGAAUAAAAGACGAUGUACAAUUUUUCGUCGAAGAAAAUUCGGCACUCAGGAAGGGAAUGCAUGAAAUAUUGGACAGCAUUCGUAAUCAAGAUGGUAAAAGUGCAGUGCAAAUACAAUCGGAAACAUUGGAAAGAUUACUCGAGGCCUUGGAUAUAAGACACUUGGCUGGCUGGUAUCAUCCAGCAAUGAGAAUGCAGGAACAAUUAAAUGUCAUUCAGGGAAUUAAUUCCGAAUUGAGGACACAAAAUCGGGAACUAAGAAAUGAGGCGAAACGGAAAGACCUAAUGCUACAGCAAGUGGGUUUCCAAUCACCAAGGGAAGCAACGAACGUCGAGGAUACAGAAUCGGAGAAAACGAAGAUAAACGUUUCAGAAAUGGAAGAACUUCAAGAAGCUUAUCAAAACGAAAUCGAAGAAUGGCAGAAGCAGACGGAUUUACUGAAACAAGAGAAAUCGGAUCAGGAGGAACUUAUCAUCAAACUAGAACUAAAAGUCCAAGAGUAUGAGAACAACUGGAAACUCCUGAACCUACCGGAUGAUGAUGUUCGCUCCGCCCUAGAUGCUAAAACCAAAGAAUAUAUCGAAAUGGCCGGUGAACUUUCCCUAACCAACAGAAAAUGUACCAUCCUCCAAGAACACUUGAGCAAAGAAUCGACAAAAUUAUACCUAGCCCAGAAGGAAGCAAUCGCCAAGGAAAGUUGUCUACAGAGACAUUUAGCCGAUUCGGAGAAAAGAAUCAAAAACUCCGAAAAUCAUAUCUCGACCCUACAGAGUAAUCUCCUAAAUUCUGUCAGUGUCCUCCAGUACAAUGAACUAAACGAAAAGUACGUCGAAGCUAACAUGAAACUAAGAGCUGCAGUUGAAGAUCGUCUGCUCCAGAGAGCAAAGCUCGAGACAAAGCUAGAGGAAAUUCAAACCUCCGAGAAAAUGGACAUCGUGGUCAUGGAGAAUUCGACACAGGAAAUAAAAAUCAAACUUCUCGAGGAACAGCAAAGAGCAGAACGUCUAUCGCAACUUUACGACAAAUCGAGAAAGCAAUUGACACAAAUUGAGAUCGAUCUCGCUAGAGCCACGGCGUCAAAUUCAGAGCUAAGGGAUCAACUCAUACAGUUACAUCAAACACUCACGAAUGAAAUGAAACUGCAAAAUACCCAACAACCGGAUGUUGAAGAACUCCUCCGGGAUUAUAAUAAACGGAUAAAUAAUUUACAAGUAGAGAAUAAAAAUCUAAAGCAAAUGAAUGAUAUCUCUAAGGAGGAGGCCCAAAUGCAGUACGCGGUGAAUUCGUUAAAAACCAUCGAACUCGAUAGUCUGCGUCAUCAGAUUUUGGAUUUACAAGCAAUCAGUGAGGAUAAGGAAACAAUAGCCAGAUUGGGUUUCGAAUUAAUGAAUUGUCGUUCAUUAGAGACGGAAUUACGAAAAAGGAAAGAGGUGCUAGACAACAAUUUGCUGGACCUGAACAGAGAAAUCGAGGAGGCGAGAAAAUCGAACGAAGACAUAAGGAAGCAAUUGCAACAUUAUCGGGAACAAUCGAAAAAUCGCUGCCAGUCUUAUGGUGAAAUCGUGAGGUUCUUGCAACAGCAAUACGCGGGUUCAACUUCCCUAACUGCUCUGGAACGGUACGAGAAGAAUUUGGAGAAAUUAAUAGCGGAUCGAGAGGAAUGUCAGAAGAUGACCCGAGAAGCAAAGGAGGAAAGUGAAAAGGUCAACAUUCAGCAGGAAAUACUUUCCAAUCGCUUGCAAAUAGUCGAACAAUUGAAGGACAUUUUGGAACAGCAGAUCGGUAGUCCGGAUGUGCAGACUUUAAUGCAACGAUUUUCCGAGGAGUCUCAACGAUUUCUCAGCGAUUUGAAAUACAAACGACAAAUUUCGCAUCUUGAGUACGAGUUGGAGACGGCGAACAAGAAACUAUUAGAAUAUGAAUCAACCGUCACUUCAAUGGAAUUCGAAAUGCUGAACAUGCAAAAGGUCUGGAAGGAUAGGGCAAAUGGAGAAAAGGCUACAAACGAAAAAACGAAUAACGAAAGUCCGCAAGAAAUUCCGGAAGUCGAAGUGGAUAUUACUUUUGAAGAACCGGCAAAACGAACGGACGACGAAAAUCUAAAAUCAAAGAAUCACCUCAAGGAAAAUGUUGAAACAAAAGAAGUCGUCACUACUUCGACACAAACGGAUUCAGUAGCUAAACGUUCAAUUGACCUACAGUGUGAAUUAAAAAUUCCCUCUCCAGAAUCAGAGGUCGCGAAACAAAUCCUCGAUUUCAGUUCCGAUUCGAAUAAACAAAUCGAAAAAGACGAGAAGAUUCACAUUUUCCAUAAGGAACAACUCAAUAAGGCACUGGCCCUAGCUUCUGAACGAUCGGCAAUUAUAUCGAGACUGGAAUCACAAAUCACCGAAUUCCAAACGAAAAUCAAGUCCCUAAUGUUGAGUAAUGAAGAGAAGGAUGUAAAGAUUAGCGAGAGGGAUAAAAUAAUCGAGCUGGGGAAAAAUGAGUCGAAUAUUCCGAGUACGGCCCGAUCGGAUGAGGCUCUGAAUUCGACUAUAAAUACUCUGCAAAAAUUAAUUACUCAGAAGGAGGAAACAAUCGCUAGAUAUCAGUUGCAACUGAAGGAGGAUAGAAAUGAGCAUGGAAAAGUUGCGAGUAUCUUGCAAGAGGAAAUCAAGCAUCUUCAGGAAAAAGUUGCAAUUUAUGAAAAAGAGGAUAACAGUAGACAAAUGUACGAAGUGCCGGAGAGAGACGACAAACCAGAGAAGGAGGACUCGGUGAAGGAAAACCUAAGCAAGGACUAUGAUUCCAUAGUUGACAGUGCGAGACUUCAGGAGAGAAUUUUAAUGCUAGAAGCUGAUUUGAAAGCUGCUAGGGAACUUGGUCAAAGGUGGCAUCGUUUGGCUGAGGACAGACUGGGUCAUUCGGAUGCAAUGCGAUCGAGACUGGAGGAACAGCAUAAGACAGAAUUAGAGAGCUAUCGUUUGGAACUUCAUAAAUGGCAGAGCGAAACAAUAUCCCUACGAAAACAAUUUUCGGAAAAUCGGAUGAAAUUAGCGAAAGAAAAUAUUUCCAUAAGCAAGGAUCUGCACGAGAAAGAGAAUCAAAUUCAGGAUUUGAGCGUCACUUGUCAGCAGUUACAGGAAAAUAAUUUUCAGAACGAACUGGAAGUUAUGGAAACGGUGGUAAACGUUCCGCAAACUAAUACUUAUGAUGUAAGAGAGGCAAAAAUUUGCGAGACAAUACAUAAUUCUAGUCGGGAGCAAGCUAUUAAUCAAUCGCAAACUCAAUUAGAUUGCCUUCGUCGUCAAUUACAGGCUUUAUUAGACAAGGAGAGAAUAUACAAGAAUCAAAUUGCGGAAUUAAAACAACAGCAAAGCAGAAGGUACAUGGCUACAAAAACCCAGGAGAAAAAAAAUCUCCAAAGGGAAGUACAAUUAGAUCGUAAGGUUAAAUCUCUAGAAGAAGAACUGCAAAGGACGAAAGAACAAUUAAAUAGAGAAUCACUAGUUCAUGAAGUAAAGAAGGCAAAGACUGCAGAGGAAUUAGCCCUGUGGGAAAAGCAAAAAAAAUGGCAACAAAUGGCCGAAAAAUUGAAGGAAAAAUUAAAAGAAAAAACUGACGAAGUACAAAAAUUGCAAACGAAUCACGAGAAAUUACGUUCAAUUAUUUCCUGUAUGGAAAGAGAGAAAUAUUAUCUAAGAAGUAAAUUGAAAUUAGAAAAAAGUGGAAUGUCAGCUGGUUUUGAAUUUAGUCCAUCAGUUUCGGCCGUUGAGUCCAAUAUUGUCGAGGAUCUCGAGAAAGAAUGUAAUUUUCUAAAGAACAGAAAUCAGGAACUUGCGGAAAAAUUAGCAAAUAACGAAUGUGAUCAACUACGGUGUAUAAUUGAAGAGCAAAAGAGACGAUUAUUUGCUUUAGAAACUGUCGCUGCAGGAAAUACCUACGUGAUAAAUCAAUUGGAAAAACUUGAGGGAAUAAAAAAUACGUUAGAGAAAGAAAACCUGAGAUUAGAAACAGAAAACUUUCAACUUCGAAUUGAGGUUGAAAAAUUGAAUCUAGACACUCCUGGACUUAGGGAAAAAAUCGAACACUUGGAGAAAUAUGUCCAGAUUUUGAAAGAAGAGAAAAUUUCAGACUCAUCUGAAAAACUUCACGAAGGAUCGAGUAGUAAGAAAACUGUUCAUGAACUUGAGAAAACUCUUUGCGUUUUGAAAAGAAUUAUCGAAAAACUUCAGGGUGAAAAUAAGAGACUUAAAUCUAAAAAUAGUCACCGUUUAUCGCAACAGGUAAAGACAACAAGCAAAGGUGAUGAAUCGUCUUUAAGAAAACAAUACGAAUUGUCAAAGCAACAAAUUGUUAGUUUAGAAACAGAUUUACAAUUAUCCGAACAAAGAAUAAUUAUGCUCGAAAAUAGUCUACAUUUUUCUGAUGACAGCAAUGGAGAAAUAAAAGAAUUAAAGUUGCAAAUUGCCCAUAAAUCGGAGUUAUUGGAUAAAGUUAAACAUUUACUGACUAGGGCAGCAAUUAAUGAAAAAGCUCUCAGACAAAAGAUACAACAAUUGGAAAUGAGACAAACACUCAGCACAAUACCAGAAUGCUGUAUGACACCAACAAAUACAAAUUAAUUUAAGAACUAGUAAUUAUUGUAAUAAGUAAAUUAAAUUUUUGAGAAAAAAAUAUUGUCUUAUGUGAUAAGAUAAAAAAAAUACUAGAUUUAGUGCCUAAUAAUUUUGCUUUCUUCGUUCAAUGUGUUUUAAAAUUUUUAAUGCGGAUAAAAUGUAACGAAUUCUCAAAAGUGAAUAUUAAAUGUAAUAAA